CUGUUUUGGUUAGGAACCGGAAGUGUGCAGGGUGACAUUUACACCGCAAACGAAGGCGUGUGUUCAAUCGCUGAGUAACGACUUGCCCUCCUGUUUUGUGUUUACUUGUUUAUGUAUGUAUAGGUGUGUAGAUUAAGGAGCACAAUGGCCGCGUGGAGCUGCCGGUUUCUUCUUCUGCGGGGGACUCGGCUCAUCCCUCCUCGUGCUGAACGUCCUGCCCUGCUGGUCAGUUGUAUCAGGACAGUAAAAACCACAACAUGGUUUGAGGAACACCUCACAGACGACAACCAGGAGUACAUGAGGAAAAGCAUGGCAGAGGAAUACAGAAGGCAAACAGCUGAAAAGCUCAACCCACUCAAAGAUGAACCGUGGACUCGACAUGAGUGGACAGAAGGGAGUCGAAGAGUUGGGUUAGUUGCUGUGAAGCUGGGUAUGGCUCCUGUCUGGACGAAAGAAGGCGAAAGACAUGUGGUCACCAUGUUACAGGUGCAGGACUGUCAUGUAAUAAAGUACCUACCCAAAGAAGAAUAUGAUGGACACUCUGCUGCUCUCAUUGUAGGAGGAAAAAAUGUAUCGCCAUUCCAUAGGUCUGAAGUGCAAAUGGAGAUGUUCAGGAAUGCAGGAGUGCCUCCAAAACAGAAAGUCACCACCUUUAAAGUUUCUGACAAUGCCAUCAUCAAGCCAGGCACUCCUCUGUAUGCAGCACAUUUCCGUCCUGGCCAGUAUGUGGACGUCACAAGCAAAUCCAUUGGUAAGGGUUUUCAAGGUGUAAUGAAGCGAUGGGGGUUUAAAGGUCAACCAGCCAGUCACGGCCAAACAAAAACUCAUCGCAGACCGGGAGCUUCUGGACCAGGAGGGGAUCCAGCCAAAGUUUUCAAAGGGAAGAAGAUGCCUGGCCAAAUGGGCAACAUCUACGUCACAGCUUAUGGACUGAAGAUAUGGAGGGUCAAUACCAAGUACAAUGUGCUGUAUGUUAACGGCUCUGUCCCCGGCCACAAGAACUGCUUACUGAAGGUAAGAGACACUGUGCUACCAACCAGAGGGUCCACCCUGCUCAACCCUCCUUUUCCCACCUACUUCACAGAAGAGGAGGGCGACCUGGAUGAAGAUCUGUACGACGACAACUUGUUCGUUCACACAGAGCCAUCGUUAACACUGACCUAACCUCCCUCACACACAACCGUUUUACACAAACCUGCUAACUGUAUCUUGGUCCUGUAAUAAAGAGUAUUUCCUUGUA